AUGGGUCGGCAGGCCUAUUUGAACCGGCUCGCUUUGGGCCGUUCGCCAUAUGAAGCCCCUGACACUGCGGCGGUUGACCCUUCUAAUCCCGUUCGACGGGUCUCGAGUGUCCACGCAGAUAGCUAUAUGCAACAGUACGAUGCUCGUGGCCACCCUGUAAAUCCCGAGUCCAGAUCUCUUGGACGGGAGUUUCGAAGGGCAAAGAAUGAUAUCCUUUCAACAAUGGGAAUUGUUGUCAGUGGAGAAGACCGAAACACCAGUAUUCCAAACGAACAGCAAAAAAUCAACCAAAUUGCGAGUGAAAAUGACUUCGGACUGGUCAUAACGACCCUUGACCAAUUAUUUGUCUUCUUUGGUACCUGGUGGACCUUGUCAUUCACUGGGCGAGUACAGACUUACAAACAUUAUGCACACUCUGCCUUGCUUGAUGUCAUUAAAUCCGAGAGACGAUCAACAGGCAUUCUGGGCUUUUAUUUCGCAGGAAUUCCUGCCUGGGCAAUCUCAAGUGGAUUGGCCAUUGCUCGUGAGAAUCCGCUCAAACGGGUUUUCGCCUCUCUGCGGGACUAUGCCCAGUCUCUUACAGGCAAAUCACUUGGCGUCCGAUUUAUUUUUGGACUUAUGUACACAGCGGCCAAGAACUCGGUGCUCAUGCUCUCCGUGGAGUUCUACAUGUAUUCCGUACUCCAAUCACUAUCGCUUGUGUCGCCCUACUCAAUCCCUAGCGUUCAGCUUUUGAUUCCGCUUGGAACAGGGUCAUUGCUGCAGCUCCCAGCGGUUCCCACCAAUCUCUCCCCUGGCUCCCUAGGCACUUCACUCGUGGGUCUAUUGACCCAUCCUGGCAUCUUGGCCUUUAUCUAUGGCUACUACUUGCGCCCGGAUCUCGAAGAGCGCAUCUAUCGAUUGAUUCGGCGGCGCCUCCCGAAAGCAACUAUUGCAGAUGAGCUCUCAGUCCGAGUGGCCUUUGAAGAAAAUCUAAUUGAGUGGGUGGUGCCGACACUGGGGCGCAAAUCAGACGAAGAAAUGUACCGGGGCAACCUUACGCUCUUUGAAGAUAUCAAGUGUGAGCUAGGUGCUUUUCGACACUGGGUGUUUUCGUUGUUUGGGCUACGAUCAAGCAAGUCAUCAGACCAGCAAGCCUUUACGUCCUUUAGAGAUGAGAGGAUCGAAUCUCUCCGAAACUCGAUUGAGAUGCUACAAAAUGAACUCGAGGGAACACAGCUCAACCCUAAUGAAAAUGAACCAAAUGACCCGCUACCCAGGCCUCCAGGGAUCGCACCUGAUGUCCAGGUGGCCGCCACUUCACCACCUCCAUUACAGGAUGCAAUCGCAUCUACGCAUUCGAGUCGUUUGGAAUCAGAUGUAGGCUUGCACCGGGUGCUCACAAAUGAGAAUCGUAUGUCACAGUCGCCCGGCGAGAUGAGCAACGACUAUUUCUCCGAAAUAGCCACAGUUGGGCGAACAAGUGGUCCGUCGACCACUUCAAACCAACAAGACCUACCAGGCGAUUCACAGACCGGCGAGAGCCCAGAAAUGGACCGAAACAACUCACGGUCCAAUACUCUGUUCUCUCGCCCUUCUUCGCCAGAGACGUCUCCACCUACAUCACCUCGUGUCAGAGCAUCCUUGAUCCACCAGAGCUCUGACAUUAUCACAAUGCAGCUUGAACUAUUAGGCAACCGGAACCGGAAUCCACAGAACCAGGCUUCGAAUCUUGCCAACCUAAAUGCACUAGCAGGCAAUGAUAUCCCAGGUCUUAAUAGACAUGCAGAUGCCAUGGACAGACGAUCAAUAGCUGAAUUCCUCGAAGCUCUGAUCUUAAGCCAGGCUCAGCGCCAGGGACCGCAUCCACCAGCACAAGGCGGCACUGACGGCCUCUCCAGUGUCACUGCCGGCCAAUCCAUCACGACUCCUCAAGAUCUAGGCGUCCCCGAGCCGACAACCCAGCAUCAGACCCAAGAUGACGAGUCCGACGAUGAACCGGCUCUAGAAUCUAUUGAGGAGGCACCAGAGCCCAGCGUACCAAACAUCCUCCCAGACGGCGUGGAAGAACCAAUCGAUGAAGAACCCACUAUCCAGCCAAUUCCCGUCGCCGUCGCAGACCACAACCUAGAUACGAUGUCCGACACCCUCCACCAGCCCCUUCCACCAACUUCUCGCAUUCCCGGACGUGUAACCGACCAUUCAUCGGGUGUUCACCGCGUGACCCUUCUCUCGGCAUACCCAGUGGACUCACUUGCAUCAAAUCUCGCUGCUGCAAUCAGCGGUAUUAUCCUUGCGCCCCUUGAAGCACUCUUCUUUCGCUCUUUAACCCAGUCAUGGCUCACCACACAUCCUUCGGAUGUGACUCGAAUUUCGGAUGUCCAUCCUUUGGGUCUGUGGUUUGGUGGAAGGACUUGGCCAGAUAUCGCAUUUGCACUGUUUUAA